GUGGCCGCCUUAAAGCGGCGUGGCGGCGCCCGCUCCGCCGCUGUUUACGCGCGCGCCGUUUCGGAGUCUUUUUUUUUUUGUAAAAUUUUAAUUUUUACAAUUAAAUAUUUUGUACGUUUUAACACCACCCCCCCUCCCCGUCUCCCCUUUUUGUACUUGUAAUAUACAGCGCAUUGCAGGCACUGGACGCACAGACGCAAGCGCGGUUCGUAAUUGCAUUAACACGUUAUACCACUCGUCUCGUUCACACACGCCGGAUUAGGCACACAGGCAAAGAUUACCCGUAUAGCCUGCAAUAGAUAGCUGCAGUCGAAGGGGAGGGCAAGUGCUGUUAUAGCGUGCACCAACUCAGACAGGCACACACUGCACGCGUAUGCGCGCGUCGCGAUUAAGCGCUGCGCUUCGUGCUAAAAGCACGCGGCUGCGGUAGGGUUACAAGCCCUGCCAGCUCCUAGCCCGGAGCGUGGCUGGCUGGCUUGCUGGCUGCUGCUGGUGGUGGUGUGUGUCGUCGGCAAUGGUGCUGGGCAAGGUUCGCUCCCUGCGCGUCGCCUUCGACUGCGAGCCGGGCCAGGCACCCGUGUUCUCUGGCGGCGACGUGGUGGCGGGCCGCGUGUUGCUGGAGGCGGCGGGGGAGCUGCGGCUCCGUUCGCUCAUGCUGCAGGCCCGCGGACACGCCAAGGUGCACUGGACCGAGUCUCGCAACGCGGGCUCCAACACGGCCUACACGCAGAACUACAGCGACGAGGUGGACUUCUUCAGCCACAGGGACGCCAUCAUCGAGCCCGAUACCGAAACGGCGGUGGAAAACCGUGAAGAAGCAACCACCGUCUUGCAGGCUGGAAAACACGAGUUUGCCUUCAGCUUCCAGCUGCCUCAGGGACCUCUUGCUACCUCCUUCGAAGGCAAAUACGGAUUUGUCCGCUACUGGGUCAAAGUGGAACUUCACCGCCCGUGGACCCUCGUGCAGAAAGCCAAGUCGGAGUUCACGGUCAUCGAGCAGGUCGACAUCAACACUCCGGACCUGCUGUCUCCUGCGGGCGGCACCAAGGAAAAGACUCUGUGCUGCUGGCUCUGCACCUCAGGACCCAUCUCGCUCUCUGCCAAAAUCCAGCGCAAGGGGUACUGCCCCGGCGAAUCGGUGCCCAUCAACGCGGAGAUCGAGAACUGCUCCUCCCGCCUGGUGGUGCCCAAAGCCGCCCUCUACCAGACGCAGACCUUCUGCGCCAAGGGCAAGCAGAAGGUGGUGCGCCAGCUCGUGUCCAACCUGCGGGGUGACUCAGUGUCUCCGGGGAUGGCGGAGGCGUGGAACAGCAAACUGCUCAAAAUCCCGCCCGUCUCGCCGUCCAUUCUCGAGUGCACUCUCAUCCGCGUCACCUACGAGCUGCUGAUUUACGUGGACAUCCCCGGCGCGCUGCAGCUGAGCCUUAGCCUGCCGCUGGUGAUCGGCACAGUCCCGCUGCACGCCUUUGGCAGCCGCACCUCCAGCAUCAGCAGCCAGUGCAGCCUCGACCUGCAGUGGUUGCGCCUGGCGCUGCCCGACUCGCCCGAAGAGCCGCCACUGUACGCGGACGUGGUGAGCGAGGAGGAGCGUCAGAGGAGUCUUCCGCCGUCUCGGCCUCGGGACGAGUUUGAGGGCGCCCUCGCGCGCCCCGUCUACGCCUAUGUGCAGGAGUUCCGCUACCAGCCUCCGCCACUCUACUCUGAGAACCACAGUGGUUAAACUCGAUCCUCCUUUCCCGCAGCUCGAUCCUCACCCAUCGGAAACCAGCGAAAGGAUCCCCUCGCACUGAACCUCGGAGACAACGCGAAUAUCCGACCCGGUGAAACCGACGGGAGGAGCUGCACCCCCCCCCACCUUCCCCGCGGCUCUGCAAGGUGUGCCGCGGAGAACACCGCGGCCGCCGUCGUCGCGACGAGGUUGGCGGCGACCGAUUUGCGCCCACUUCCCCGCCGCCCCCUCCCCACCCCGACUGGGGUGGCCGUCGUUCUGCUGCUGCUGCUACGUGGCGGACGCGACGGCGACGACUGCGAGACUGGAAGUACCAAAGCACAGCAAACAAAAAAACGAAAGCGAGAGACGCAGACUCGCGGAGCACUUGCGCGCCGGUACCAUUCUUCUUCGGAGAGAGAGAGAGAAACCUGACCCCCCCCCCCCCCCGCUUCAUAAAGAGAACGGUUUUAUAGGAACACGGACGGGAUUGUGUGUGCGUAGCGCUGGGACGAGGACACUUUUUGGGGGAAGGGGGUGGGGGGAGGGGUUUUCCCCCCAUGCAAGAGUGAAGAAUGGUGCUGAAGAAAUAAAAAAAACGAAGCUUACUUUUAGAUGUAAGUAUUACUUAUCUGUGGUUUACAUGCUGUGUUGCCUCUGUUCACAUGGAAAACACAUUUGACGUCAUUAUCAUCGUCACCGACCCUGCGUUGGUUUUUCUCUCAUGGGCACGGCCUAGCGCUAAAGUAAAAUAUGUUUGGUUAAAGCUUACUUUUGCCAACAAAAACACUCAGGUAAUGCAGCUAUGCGAUUUGUUAUUUCUGUUUGUAUAUUAUUGCGAGUUCCUGUGUGCACACGCGCUUGUUCAAAGUUUUGUAUUAUUAUUUCCCUUUUGCAACUCGUUCAUAUGAAUUCUGCAUGUUCGAUCACACUAAACAUGAAUGUACGGUUUUUUUGGGGAACAAACUACUUAAUGAUUAAAAAUAAAGUUCACGUGGAGGGAUAUAAAAAAAGCAUCACAAACGUUGAGUUAAAGCAAAGAAAAACUCAUUCGAAGUGAAGAUUUGACGCGGGGGUUUAAUUUUUCCAUGUGACUUGGAAGGCCCAUUUCAUUCCAUGCCCUCGGUCCGAAUGUAAACCCACAGAUGUUCCUUGUGCAAUAAUUGCUUUCGAGUGACGGGGAGUUCCGUCUUUUGAAUUCCUAUCCACGUCAAAUACAGGGCAUUUGUAUCGUUUUCAUGAUAUAACAAAAUAAAAAAAACACAUCGUUUGUGGAGGAAACGCUAGCCACCCUGGUUGUGUGCGUGGGCGCGUGUUGUUUUUUUUGUGUUGGAACAGUUUUUAAACGUAGGAAGUUGCUUGUACAUGGUGAGUUGGAUAACUGUAGCGAUUCUCUCCUUUUUUUGUACCGGAGUCUUGUGUUCACUUUAUUUAGAGACGUGUAUUGGAAUGCGUUCUAGAGAUAUUACACACCAUAUACAAUCACUGCUUCCUCUUCCUAUCGUAAUCUGUAUCCCCGUUCUUUUUUGACGGACAUCAAUCGUAGCACUUUUUUCUUUCGGGGCGGUGGGGGGGGGUGGAUCAGGGGCCGUUUGCUUCGUUUAAUGUUACAUUGUGAAUUGGGGGGGGGGGGAGUGUGGGUGGCUCAGCUGCAAGGUUUUUAGAAACGAAUAAAAAGAAAAGUUAAGCUAAAAAGUAUUUGUUGGUGUGGCGUUGCCACUCGUUGUCGCCUGCAUGCUGCGUGCCGUGCCGGCAGCUGGUCGGGCCCCCCUCUGCUGGAACACUCCAGCCAGCCGUGUUGCGUUACUUCCCCACCCCCGACCCCCUCCCGCUGUUACGAGCGACACGCAAUUCUCCCGGUCUCUUGUGUUGGUUGGAAACCCCUUUUACGAUGCGGUUUGCGCCUCCCCUUUGCCAAAUAAAUCAAAGCAAAAUGAA